UAUUCCGAUUUGGCGCCGUCAAUGGCAGUUUGUACCGAUGGCAGUGAAGAUGCGGAGACAUUUCCGGCUCUUCGUCAUUUUACUUGUGGCGAUAGUUGUUCUGUUUUCCGCUGCGGUUUUGCUGCUUUUGUCCGGCAAUGACAGCAGAAAAAUCAUCUUCUUGCUGGACGACGAAGCCGAAGACGACCUGACAGGGCACGAGCAAUUGCAGUUUUUAAUCGACCUGACGCCGAUGCUGGACGAUCCGGCCGAUUUCCAGCAAAAUUACGGCGACGACGUGAUUUUCUUCACAGAGACGUCCGGCACGGGGCGCGUGCACGUCAGGGCAGUUUGCACCCUUGAGGCGGUUUCUACCUUCAACCCCGAAACGCACGUUUUUCUCGUCUUCACGCGAAAUUUGCUGGAAAUCAGUCUCAGUCGCAACCCUGCCCUGGCCGAUCUGCUCAAGCGGAUGCAAAACGUCCACUUGGCCACCGUCGAUUUCCGGCAGGCUGUGAAAGAUACGCCUUUGGAGGAACUUUCAACAAGUCGGCUUGCGAAGUCUCCGUACCCAAAUGAGCACCUGAGCGACUUGUUGCGGCUCGGCCUGCUGUGGAAACUGGGCGGGACGUACAUGGACCUCGACCUGCUCACUUUCAAGAGCCUCGCGCCGAUCGUGCGCCUCAAGAAUUUUCUCACCGCCGACGCCGUCGACAGGCUCAACACGUGCAUGCUGGGUUUUCAGCGGAACCACCCUUUUCUCGAGUUCCUCAUGAAAAUCGUCAGCGAGCACUACGACCCCUUCGAGUACCCCACCGUGCCCCAGGCCUUCAACAUUGCGACUCGCAAGUACUUCGACUUGCCGGUCGCCGACGUUCUGGCCAUGGGCAAAGUCUCGGACGUUUCUUUUCUGAACGUGUCCGUGAUUAGUCCGGUGGAGUACGAAGACUUCAUGGACUUGUACGGUGGAAAGGGCAAAGUCGGGCUGGUGGAAAAACUGCUGGAAAACAGUUUCGGUGUCCACCUGUGGGGCAGCAAGAGUUCAAAUUUGAAGUUUAAACUUCAAUCGAAAGCGCCUUUCGUUGUUUUGGCCAAAAAACUCUGUCCUCGUGCCAUCGAAUAUACUCCACGAUAUUUAUGAUUAGAAAUUUUUUUCUUGGAACACUUUUAAAUGAUUAUUAUGUAAAUUCGCUCCAAAAAGAAUUCUGACAAUGGAUCUUUGUGAAUUGUUUCCUAUUAUUUAUAUACAAAAUUUGUGAGACUAAAAACGGUUUCCUUGGACUUUAUUAUAUCCUUAAAUUUUCAAUAUUGUUACCAUUAAUAAUAAUUUAAUAAAAAACGCUGGAAAUCUCAUUAGAAAUUCAUGCACAUUGUGAUUAGUGCCAUGAAGAAAUAAAAAACGCUUGGAAAUAUUAUUUCAGAAAUUAAAUAAAUUAUGUUUCGAACUAUCAAUUUAAGAAGAAAAAUGUUGUAAUUUACGUUAGCAAUUGAAUAUUAUUGGCAUGUUCAUUUUUCAAAAUGUACUUUUAAUUUGUUAAAUAUCAGCUUGUUUCAUUUCAACAGCUCAUGAAUUAGGGUUGCAAACCGCAACCGAAACUAGUAGAGCAGGGAUUGUCUGUAUCGUGCAGAAAAAAUUUGCCCAUUUUGAUUCAUAAAAAAAAUAUGAACACCUCGAGUUUCAAAAAGUUCCACAACAACAACUACAAGAACCUCUAUAGAAAUUUUGUAAAUUCAAAAUAUAUAGAAGAAACUACAAUAAAAAAUAGA